AUGGAGCUGACCUGUGCCAUCUGCCUGGACACUUACCUUGAACUAGUGACACUGAGCUGUGGUCACAACUUCUGCAGGGACUGCAUCCAGGGGGGGUGCAGCCACCAGCAGCGCCCGCAGAGCCCCUACCACUGCCCACUGUGCCAUGCCCAAGCGGACCCAGAGGAGGAAAGGCCUGAAAUGCAAUGCAAAGAGAAGGACGAAAGCUUGGGACAGCAAGAUGGGGUGAUCCUCUGCGAUUUCUGCCUUCAGGAGCCCCAGCCAGCUGUGAAGACCUGCAUGAAUUGCGAGGCCUCCCUGUGCCAAGCUCACCUGAGCAAGCACAGCACAAAGAGCCCUCUGAAAGACCAUAUCCUGAUGGAGCCUUGUGAAGCUCAGGUUUUGGCUGAGAGGAGAUGCCCCCAGCACAGCAGGCUGCUGGAGUGCUACUGCGUGACGGACUCGGUCUGCAUCUGCAUGCUGUGCUGCAUCGUCAGCUGCCACAGGGACCACAAGAUCAUCACUCUGGAGGAGGCUUUUGGCCAAGCACAGAAUGAGGAGAGCCUGCGGAGGAAUCGGCUGGAGAGCAUUUUCGAAGACAUGCGUCUGCAGCUAGACAACGUAAAAGAAGAGGUCCUGAAAACUCUCAGCCACUACGAGGAGCAACAGCUUUCUCAGAUUCAGAUGGAGAUACAAAACCACAAAGAGGGGAAGGAUGCAGCCAGCCGUGAUGUUCAGGAGCUGGAGGCUCUGAGACAUCAGAAAGAUCUACUUCUUUUCAUCAAGGCUUUUUCAGCAAUUCAAGCCAGGGGAGCAUCUGUAACUGUUGUGGAGAAGAACCAGCCAGAGUAG